AUGCGACAUAACUGUUGCGAAUUUUGGACAAACCCCCAAAGGGAGGUGGGACUUGUUGCGCACGCUGAAACGAGAGGAGAAAACACAGAAUAUUACCCUCUCGGACUGAUCCACCCUGAACGGAUGCGUAGUGUUCGUAACAACGUAGCACGACGUACCUAUAUAUAUAAACGGAAAAGUAGAUUUCACUCUGUACAGUAUCUCCGUUUGUACCAAACUGGUCGCGCUCUGGGGCACAGAGACCAAAUGUAUUGGAACGCAGUGCUUCUAAUGGCCUGGUCUUUGGCCACGGUCUCAGCCAUUUUGGAUUCCACCAGGAGUCAACGUUACUGGGAUGACACGAAACCCGACGAAGCCGGUCGCUAUCCAAACGAUAACAUGCUGAAAACAUAUAUGGCCAGAGGAGGAGGAAAUAAACAUUUCGUUACUUCCGUAUUUCCGGAAAUGGAUGCCAGAGGAUUUCACGAAUACGUUUUCGAUGGACUACAGCCGGAUUUUCAGUGGCCGUCAAUUAAGUUUAAAAGGAACUAUUAUCCGCAAGGAAUUACGUCUCGAGGGUUCAGCGAUGAUAUUUUUCACCAAAGCUUUGGAAUGUUCGAGCCUUUAAAAAGGUCGGUGUCCAGAACUUCGCCAUCCGUGGCCAACAUGUUGCGGCGCCUGUACCCGAACACCGGCGGCAUCAGACUGCGCCAACCCGACGAGCACGCCCCGAGAUCGACAGCGGCCAAGCGCCGGCCCGAGAUGGACGCCAACGGGUUCCACGGCGACUCGUUCACCGGCGGUUUCGACCGGUUCGACACGAUGAAGCGCAGGCCCGAAAUGGACGAGACCGGUUUCGAGGGCGACUCGUUCACCGGUUUCGGCGGGUUCGAGACCAUGAAGAGGGACGGCGGCGGCAAGAACCCGGCCGGCCCCGCGUCGCCCGCCCACGCCGGUCGGCUGUUCGGCGCGCGACAGGAGUAG